GGAUUCGGUUAGAUGCAUAUGCCUCGGCACAACAACACACUGCGUCGCAGCUGCUUCCUAAGUUGCUUCGUUUGCUGCUUCUCAGAUCGAUCAACUGCGAGACAACAGACAACAGACAAUCGAAAAAGUAGCGUUAUUCGGCCGUCUCAGCAAUGACAUAGCCCACCAUCCCAAACCAUGUCCGUUGACCGCCUCCUGACCACGGUUCUGCAGCUCUACCAAGACGUGCACGACGAUGCGCGCACCGAGCAGAUCUACGGGACGACCACGGCCCUGCUCACGUCCCUCUCGAACCCGCUGAAUGUCUCGCUCCUCACUUCCCAAUUGCUUACCGCGCCGGCAAUAUGGGGCCGUCGCGACGGUAUGCGUGCGUGCUUCCGCAUCAUCAGCAUCUACAAUACCGCCGCGAUCCAUGUGCGCCGCAACGAGGUUGAGAACGCCAAGAAUAUGGGACCGCGUGCUGGGGGUGGUCUGGGGAGCGAUGCAUGGACCGCCGCUGUCCUCAAGGGCGCCGACGACCAGUCGGGCCGCUGGCAGCACCUGCUCGUCUUCAGCGGCGUUUUGAUGGGCAUGGAGAGCGGCAAUCGGCACUCGCUCAGCCGCGGCAUGCGCGCCACCGUCGAGCGCGCCGUCGUCACGGCUGCGAACCUCGCCAUCCGAAACAGGGCACCCGAACCUCCUGCCCCGUCGGGUCCCGUAUCAUUGGCGCUCAACUAUGCCUUCCCGAUGCUGUCCGAAUCGGCCCGCGCUGGCCUGGACUGUGAUGCUCUCGUUCCGGUCGCGACAAGGGCAAUGCUCGGCGGGGACGGCCUGCAGGACGGCCUCUUUCUCGCGACAAUCGAUCUCGAUGUGCGGCAGGCGGAGCAGAAGUUCAUGUGGGCCGACAACUCGCCCUCAUAUCUACACCUCCAGCAACUUGAACAGAGACCGCUUAUAGCUGGCCUGGGCCCGUUGUCAAGGCUGUUGGCCCAUGCCGUCCAGCACGCCCGCGAUUCUGGCGUGGUCUUGCAGCUCCAGGAUGAUCUGCUGGCCUUUACCGAGCGGCUGCUGCAGCAUUGGCAGGCCAACAAGCUGUCUGAGCUUGAACAGUCGGAAGAAGAGAUCUUCCUCGCCCCUGAGACGCUGAAGAGCACAUGGCCAGCGCUCUGGCAAGUUCUCAAGAAAGUCAUGUACGCGGUCGUGGCGGUCCUGCAAGCUGUGGUCGCCCGGAGUCUCAUCGACCGCAACCUCAAGCAAUACACAAUGGCGCCCGCGGUGGCGGCUAAGACGCUGCACGCUCUGCGCAACCUCUACUUCAUCUCCUCCCGCAACGGCAGCGACGCCUUCCAGGUCUACACCUUCACCUACCUCACCUCCCUCGACACACUCGUCCGCUACGGCCCAGCCUGCGCCUCUUUCCUCCGCGAAAUCAAUCCUGCCCUGUCCUCGUCUUCCCCAGGCUCCAUACCCGCCCACCCACUGCACCGCACCCUGGAUCUCUUCUACCUCAACGUCUCGGAACACCUCCCGCUCAACCUCCCCCCCUCUGAGUGCGACGCCCUGAUCAUCCAACCAGCAACAACCUACCUCAACCACCCCUCGGGCGGCGCCCUCUCGCCGCGCAUGCUGGAGCUCUUCGAGGCCGCCCACAGCGCCGUGCUCUCGGUCCUCUCGUGCCCGCACAACGCCCCGCUGGCCGUCGACAUCGUCCCCUUCUACGCCGAGACCCUCUUCGCCUCGUUCCCCGCCCACAUCUCGCCGCGGCAAUUCCGCCUCGCCUUCAAGACGGUCAUGCAGAUCCUCAGCCCGCCCUUCCCCCCCUCGGCCAGCCAUCCGCACCUGGCCGAGACCCUGCUCGAGAUGGUCCGGUUCCGGGUUAGCGACGAUCCCAGCGUGGGGAGGGCGCCGCUCCCGCUCCCGCCGUCACCGGGCCCUUCGCUGCUGCCCAACGCGACGACGCCCGUGCCGCAGCAGGCGGAGCUGGUGUCGGAGCAGAGCACGCUCGUUCUGACGCUGAUCGACUCGCUGCCGUUCCUGCAGCUGGCCAUCUUUGAGGAGUGGAUGACGCUGGCGGCGUGUGCGGUGCACGAGAUUGCGGACCGCGCGCUGAGGGAGGUGGCGCAGCGCAGGUUCUGGGAUGUGCUGGCCAACGGGGAGAUGGAUGUCGAGAGGGCGGCCAUCGGGCUCGCGUGGUGGGGGACGGGGGGAGGAAGGGAGGCCGUGUUGUUUGGUGUGCCCAUUAUGCUUAGAGGGCGAGUACGACAACCGGAGCGCGGGGAAAAGGAAGGGGAAGGGGAAGGGGGUGCGUACUUGAUGAGUGGGGCCAUUCAUCCAGGAGGCGCUGUGGUUGAGAGUAAACUUUGAUGAUGGUGGAUGGACAACAUCACGUGGUGUGGAUCAGGGGGGAUGGUUCACUUGAAGGAAGGCCGGUUGCCACGGUAACGCGGCCCGUUGGCUGCUCGAGUCGGACGAAUGAACCUCGCCAGGUCUGGAUUAUUGUGCCCGGUAUAUGAUCAGAUGAUCAGUCUGGUGUGGCUGAACAUGAGGCUUGAACAGCAGCUUCUCGGGUAUCAUACACCCCCUCCAGGGCCUUCACCAUUCAGGCCGGCUAUCAUUGGGUGCAGUUCACAACAGGGGUGCCCCCUUGAUUGGUGUUCACAUACCUAGCUCCGGUACAGGUAGUCGUCAAGGACGUUGUUUACCCUCUCGUUGACGUGUGUUCUGUUGCCACCCUCUGGA